AUGUCCGAUGUGGUUCUGACUGGCUCAACUGGCUCAACUAGAGCCAGUUCCAUUGUUGUCGACGAGGAUGAUGAGAAAAAUCCAGAAGAAGACAACUCGGAUGCUGAUACAGUUCGCAUGAGUACUCCAGAUUACGAAAGAUGGACCAGCGAAAAUCGUCACAUCAAAUCACGGAAUUUGCUCCUUACGGAAUCUACUCCGGCUUCGACAUUCCUCAAGUACCGCAACUGCCAGCGACUUGAACAUACUCAAACUAGUCAAGCUAGUCCUCCUGCAACUAGAGGAGAGCCAAACAAGGUUGGAGAUUCCAAGAAGGGUACGUGA